AUGGAUAAGAAGAAGAAGAAGAAAAAGAAGGCACUUAUAGUUGGUCUUUCAUAUAGAGAUGAUCCUGUUAGAACCCUUAUGAGGGGUCCUAUUAACUCAGCAGUAUAUCUUAAAAAACUUUUAAUGAAAGAGUUUGAGUUUUCUCAAAAGGACAUAACACUUGUUACUGAUGCAUUGGGUAAAACUCCAACAGAUAAAGAAAUAAUAAAUCAUUUGCUAAAUCUGCUAGCAAAUGCACAACCUGGAGACAUUUUUCUUUUCUACUACAUCGGGCACGGGGGUCGCCGAGAAUCAAAGGAGUACAAUAAUAACUCUGGUUAUAUUGAAUACAUCUCUCUUGGAAAAAAUGCUGAGGGGGUCAAAACUUUUAUAUCCGACAAUACUCUCCGCCAUAUCGUUGAACCACUUCCACAGGGUUGUUCGUUUACCUUUAUGGCAGAUUGUUGUUGUUCGGGCGCACUUCUCGAAGGAGCAACGGAAAUCUUUGGAAGUAGUACUCAAUUCCCCGUGACAGACAAAAUUCCGGCACCAAUGACUGAACAUCUGGAUCUAAAACGUGUUGACUUGUCAAAUUGCCGUAAACUCGGGAUAUUAUUCUCCGCUUGUCAGAGUUUUGAAACAACUGGCGGUAAAUAUUGUGAUGUCAAAAGGAAACAGGUUGCCUAUUUUACCGACACGGUGAUUGCCAUAAUCAACAAGUUUGGAGUCAACAUCUCCAACAGAUUUCUAUUUGAGAAGAUAAAAGAGGCAUAUGUUGAGGACGGAAAGGAACAGUCACCGGGGUUAUACUGUGAUAUAAGUCAGGUGGAUUUGUUAUUUUUAAGUCUUGAAGAGGCGGAAACAAGUCAGCUUCCUGAAAAUAGUGAGCAAGCUAAAUUGACGGAUAAUCAACCGAGGGAAUGA